AAAGCAGCCAACGCAAAGUGGAUGAGAAGAGAGGGGCAAGACUGCUCUGAGUGCGGAAACACCAAACUAAAACAUGCAGCAGCAGUGGGUGUGUGUGGCUGUUCUGGGCCUGUUGGUCGUCACGGUGAUGCUAGCAGAAGGCGGGAAGGCGGAAAAGCAAGGUAAGAAGGAGCGUAAGUCAGACUGUGGGGAGUGGCAGUGGAGCGUGUGUGUGGCGAACGAGGGUGACUGUGGCCUGGGCACCAGAGAGGGCACUCGUAGCGGCACUGACUGUAAACAGACCAUCAAAACACAGCGUUGCAAAAUCCCCUGCAACUGGAAGAAGCAGUUUGGAGGUGAGUGUAAGUAUGACUUCCAGGCAUGGGGUGAGUGUGAUGUUGCCACAGGGAUGAAGAACCGGACUGGUGUGCUGAAACGUGCCCUCAUGGACGCUAACUGCCCCAACACAGUCAGUGCAACCAAACCCUGCGGCAAGACCAAGACCAAGCUACAGGACUCACGGAAGCCGAAGCGGGACGGGAAGAAGAAAGAGCAGGCCCCCUCGGAGUAGGGGUUCAGAGAAGAGAACACACUCUCCCUGAGCCCCACGAAACCCCCUGACCACCCGUAUCUCUCAGCUCUCAGAUGGAGAAGACAGUGGUGGUGACAGCUGCAUGGAGGGAGAGUGAAGAAGAGAACAUGUAUCUUCCCAUCUUCCCCUCAUUUGUGUGUAGAACUGUAGGCGAUUUGUAGCUCUUUUGUAGGUUCUGUGUUUAGAACUUUGAAUAAUAAAUAUAUAAUAAUGCAUACAAAAAUGUACUAAAUCCAGUACUAGCUUGUUUAGGCUGAGUCCAGUUAAAUGCAACAAAUACUGAACUGCCCCUUAACAUCUGAACAGAAGUGACUUGUUAAAAUAUUAAUGUUAAAAUUGAACUGUGAUGUAGUUGGUGACUGAGCAGUUCAGUGUGUAAUUGUUCAGUAGAAGCUUUACCCAAAAUAGAUACACUGUACAUUACAUGUGGACACCCUUUAUGGAAGAUAGUGAUGUUACUGCUCCCUGUUACUCAGCUCUGCAGGAAAUAAAUAUGGGUUUGCAAUCCAACAUUCA